GUGGAGUGAAAAAGUGGGUGUUGAAGAUGUUGAAGGGUUAAAACCAUUGUAAGUAGUUAUCAAGGGUAUCAAAACGCUGCGUUACAGUCACGGUGUCAUUGUCAAAGGAAUCUUCAAAUUAGGGAUUGAAUCAACGGUACGAUUUCAUUUCAUUUUCUUCCCUAAAAACAAAUUUGUGAAAUUCUGAUUCAUCUUUCACAUUCAAUUGCUUAAAACUCAUCAAGCUUUACUUCAAUUUUGCAAUUCCUUUUCCAUCAAUCCUUUUCCCCAAUCAGCAGAUUCACAUUAUAAAUUUAAAAUAAAAAAAUUGUGAUUUUUUCAUCAAUUGAAUUCCUUCUUAGGAUUUUGAAACAAUUGGGGUAUUAAGAUGAGCAUUGAAAUUGCUGAAUUUGAAGCAAUUGCAACUUCCAAUGAUGAUGUUAGUGUUGAUCUUGAAACCCUUGUUUCAUCAUCAAAUGAUAAUGUAAUGGAAGAUCUGGGUGUUGUUUGUAACACAAUGCUAACAAGGUUGGAUUUGAGUAUAGCAUGUUUUUCUGAGAAAGUUUCAAACUUGAGAAACUUUGUGAUGCAUUUGGCAACAAUGGAGGGUGAAUUUGAGACACUGGUUUCUGAAAAGAAUCAAAUGAUGGGGUUUGGUUCAAUUGAAAAGGGUCUUGAAUUUGAUUUAUUAUGUGGGGUGUUAGAUUCAGUUGUUAGAGAAUUGGAUGAAUUUUUGAACACUUUACAUGUUGGGAUUGUUGAAGCUAGAAAGAAGGUUUGUUCUUGCAAUUACUUGGUAGAGAUUUUUAUUACUUUGCAAGAUAAGUUGCUUGAUUAUGAAGAAAGCUUGAAGCAGUCUGAAGAAGAGUUUAAUGAAAUUAAGUUACAUUCAGCUAGUUUCCAGUGGACUUUGUGUUCUUUUUGUAAGACGGAAAAUGGUAAUGCUGAAGCGAACGAAAUCAUCAAAGAACGUUAUAAAUCCUUGAAUGUAAAUGCAGAUAUUAAACUGCAAACAAUUGAGCAACAAAGAUAUAUUUUGACAAUGCUAGAGAAAUCUUUGGCCAAAGAAAUGGAUCUUGAGAAGAAUUUAUGCGAUUCUAGAGAAAUUCAGGAAAAGAUGAAUCUAAGGAUGUCCUCUUUAGAGCAAGAGCUUGUUCACGCGGAGGAAGAAACUAUUGAUGUUUGGGAAAGAUGGUUUGAGGCAGACAAUGCACGUGAGAUUCUGAUGGGAAUUUCAAAAAAUCUGUUGAGUAGACUCCAGAUUUCUCAUUUCAAUUUGAAUGGUUUAACUCAGCGUGAAUCCGAGAUUCGAGCUAAACUUGACACUUUUGUAGAACAAUCAAAAACCAGGGAUACCGUUAUGAACAAGAUUGAAAGCAACACCGAUGAAUUAAACAACUCUCUUCUAGGUCAGACAGAUGGUGCAGAAGCUAAUUCAAAAGAAGCUGAAGAUAAACGAAUCCCUUCCGAUUCUGAGAUCUUUGCCUUAAGAGAUAAGGUGUCUUUACUUGAGAAGCAGCUAAAAGAUUCUGAAAUUCAGCUACUGAAUGUGAAGUCCUCUUGUGUUGAAUAUCAGAAUCGGUAUAAUGUCGCGUGUUCUGAAGUAACGAAUAAGGAAAAGCAUAUUGUUGAACUGAAGGAAACUGUAUGUAAUGCUGAAAGUAGGGCUGAUAUUGUGGAAGCUAAAUGUAACUUAUUGAUGGAGACUAAUUCAAAACUCAAUGACGAGUUGAAUCUCUUGAAAGGUGAUGUAGCCAUGUCUAUGAAAGUGGAUUUGCUUGAGAAGCAGCUAAAAGAAAUUAAUCUACAAUUGCAUAAUUCAGAAGCAUCUGUUGAAGCUAGCAAGAAGAAAGAAAGUAUGUUAUAUUCCACAAUAAGAGAUAUGGAAAAUGCAAUAAAGGACCAUAAGUCAAAGGUUUCGAAAGCUGAAAGUCGGGCUGACAGUGCAGAGGAAAAUUGCAUCAUAUUGUCUGAAUCCAAUGACGAAUUGAAUGAGGAACUAAAUUUCUUGAGAAUUGGAUUCAAAAGUAUGGAGGAAUCCUUGCACCGAGAGAAGGAAGCAAAAAUAACAACUGCAAAGGACAUAAGAAUGCGGACAAAAGUUUGUAAAGAGUUGAUAAAACAAAUGGUUAUUGAGAGAGAGCGUCUUAAAGAGCAGUUGUCUUCCCUAGCAAGUGAGAACAAAAUUUUGGUAGUGAAGCUAAAGCAGACACAUAAAGAGGUUUAAGAAGCUAGUGAGACUUCUACCACUGGCCUUGAGGUUUGUACUUUGGACUUGUUGACUUGUUUUUUUAUUUGUGCUUGUAUUUGUAAAUGAAUGAUUGGCAAGAAUCUUUUAACUUGUUGAAAUGAAAAGACUUAUUAUUGGCUUAAAAAAUAUGGGUUGUUUCCGUUUUUCCCUUAAAGUUGUGUGUUCUAAACUUAGUAUUUGAAUAAUAGUUGGCCUGAUAUAAAAUAUGUAAAGAGGACACUAUUGAUAGAAAAUAUAUAUAUUUUCUCAUUUGUGACUUGUGUGAAUCUUUUAACUUCUACGGAGCAGUUGCAUCAAGAUAACAACAGAUUUAAAUGUUUGCAAUUUCUAAAUUGAAAAUCGCUCAAAACUUCAAUGACAACCAACGUUGCCACCUUUAAGUAGAAGUUUAGGGUCCUCCACUUCCUUACGAGUGAGACAGUGAUCUGAUCGAUGUUGAUUCAACAAAAAUAAGAGAACAAAAAUAGGUGGAGUUUUGAGACACUAAUAUUCGUUUUUCUUAUUUUUGUUGAACCCGUGGCAUUAGUCCAACAUAGACUAUAUGAGACACUUCUUCGGCCUCGAUGUCACCCAAAUAACUGAUCUUUAGAAUCUCAAUCUAUAUAUGAACCUCUUUAUUUCCCAGAUGGACAUGACUUAAAAGAAGUUUUACAAAGUAAAUAUUUGGGAACGCGUUUUCCGAAUUUUUCAACAUGUAGUAACAAUUUUAAAUUGGGGAAGAUGUGUUUUCGGAAUGCGUUUUACAUAACACGUGUCUAUAGAAACAUGUAGUAACAAUUUUAAAUUGGGGAAGAUGUGUUUACAACAUCAAUAAAAAAUUCAUUCAAUUUCAAUUAACAGUAAAUGUAGCUGCACUUGUUAUCAA